GAUUCUGUUAUGACGAUUUUAAUCUGCGACAUCUCGCGCAGAAGCCGUUCGUAAGAAGUUAGCCAGCUAUCUGUUUUCUGUUAUUUUUAUGGAUGCAGUUUGUUAAACCAGUCUGUCCUCUCGUCUCACAUUUGUCCCACCCACAGGAUGAUCGACACGGAGAGGGCAGCUAGUGAUGCUGGUAAGGCAGAACCCAGCAGUAACAGCAAGGAGAUGGAGAAAAAGAAGAGGUCCCGUGUCAAACAGCUGCUGGGCGAUGUGAAGAAGCAAGUGGAGUUCUGGUUCGGGGAUGUAAACCUCCACAAGGACCGCUUUCUGAGAAAACUCAUCGAUGAGUCAGACGAUGGAUAUGUUGAUAUAUCUGUUUUGGCGGACUUCAAUCGAAUGAAAAGGCUGACAACUGAUACCAAGCUGAUUGCUAGAGCGCUGAAAAAUUCGUCCGUAGUAGAGGUUAACUUAGAGGGAAAUAAAGUACGUCGUCAGCUUCCAAUUGGAGACAUCCCAAAUAAUGUCGACAGCCGCACAGUCUAUGUGGAACUUUUGCCCAAGGAUGUGACGCACAGCUGGAUAGAGAGAGUCUUCACAAAAUGCGGGAAUGUGGUUUACGUUAGCAUCCCCAGAUACAAGUCCUCUGGCGACUCCAAGGGUUUUGCCUUUGUAGAGUUUGAGAAAGAGGAAGAAGCACACAAAGCUAUAGAGAUGUUGGACAACCCCCCUGAAGAUGCUCCCAGGAAGCCAGGGAUUUUCCCCAAGACAAAAAGCAGGAAGCCCAUUCCUCUGCCAGGCGACAAUCCACCGUUGGGUGAAGAAGAGGAGAAGAAAAAGCGAAAGAAGAAGAAAAAGAAGGAAGGUGCCACAGCUCAGGCUCCUGCCGAAGAAGCCGCGGAGCAGGCAAUGGAAGCAGAGCCGUCAGAGCAGAAGAGGAAGCGCUUGGCAGCGGUGGAGUUUGAACCAGAGGUGGCUGCCACUCAGAAAACACCGGGAAAAGUGUCGGAGAAAAAAAGGCGACGGUCACAGACGGGAGAGGGAUCCGAAAGCGAAGUGCCAUCGAAGCUAAGAAAGACGAGUGAAACUGAAGGUGUACAGAAAGAAAAAGAUGUAACAAAGACCAAGCCCCUGAUUCAAAGCGAAAUAGAGAGAGGUGUUGAGGAAGGAAAAGAAAACAAAGAUGAUUCAAUGGUAAAAGCAAAGAGGAAGAGAAAAAAGAAACACAAGGAGAAGCUGAAAAUCGGGGAGGAAGUCAUCCCCCUUCGAGUUCUGUCAAAGAAAGAGUGGCUUGAGCUGAAGGAUGAGUAUCUGACCUUGCAGAAGCGCAGCAUGACAUCCCUGAAGAAGUGCAUCAAUAAGAUUGAUCACAAGGAGCGCAAGAGACUAAUGGAGACGGAAAGUGAUCAUCAAGAUGGAAACACGGAAAAGAGAGACAAAAGCGAGAAAGCGACGACCCAAGGCCCUCAGUUUACCAGUGGUGUCAUCAUGAAGAUUACAGACAACAAGCCGCUACCAGCGAGGAAGUUCAUCAAAGACGCUCUGUGCAAAAUAUCUCCAGUGGCGUACGUCGACAUCUUAGAGGGAGAUGCCGAGGGUCACAUCCGCUUUCACACCCCAGAGGAAGCAAAAGCCGUCAGCGAUGCUCGAGCAGAGCUCCAGAAGGAGCAGAGCUGGAAGCUGGAGAUUCUCUCAGGUGACCAUGAGCAAAGGUACUGGCAGAAGAUCCUAGUGGACCGCCAAGUCAAGCUGAAUCGUCCAAGGGAAAAGAAGCGGGGAACUGAGAAGCUCAUAUCCAAAGCCGAGAAAAUCAUCAUUGCCCGGGCCCGGGAGGCAAACAAGCACAUCCGUUUCCAGGAAGACUGACGGCUGCUGAAAGUAGUUUUUGAAGACCAUCCAUGUUUAACUGUGCAGACUUUGGUUAAAGGGGGGCAGUUGGUGAUAUUGUCUAAUUAGCUGGAAGAGAACUGAAUGGAAAAACUUGAACAAGUGUAAACUAGUCACAAUGUCCCUUUAUUUUUUUGUUUGCACUCAAGCCCCCAAGAUAAUGUGGAACGCUGCUAUGCAUAUAGACAUUUUGACGACAUUUUUUUUUUUUUUUUAAUCGAUGGUCUUCUUUUAUUUUUAAAAAAUUAUUCUCUAUAUGAUGUAAAUAUGAUUGAUUUGAAAGUUCUCCCAGCCAAGAUGUGAACUAGUUGUGGCACCUUUUUGUUUUUUUAAAUAAAAUGCCAUUAUUUGAUUA